GCGGGGGCGGGGCGGCCGGGCCCGGAACGGAGUCCGGGUUUGUUGUUGUUGCCCCAGCGGCUCCUCAGUCGCUUCAGCCGCGUCGCCGCCGCCAUGUCCAGCCCUCAGGAGCCGCCGCAGCACAACAACAACAACAACCCGCCGGCGGACGCGACGCACGGCGAGCCCGGCCUCAACAGUUCCUGGGUGGAGCUGCAGAUGAACGGCAACGGCAACAGCACCGACAACGGCAACGGCAAGAACGGGGGCCUGGAGCACGUCCCCUCCUCCUCCUCCAUCCACAAUGGGGACAUGGAGAAAAUCCUCCUGGAUGCCCAGCACGAGUCAGGACAGAGCAGCUCAAGAGGUAGUUCCCACUGUGACAGCCCGUCACCUCAAGAUGAUGGACAGAUAACUUUUGAUGUGGAAAUGCACACAAGUAAAGACAGUAGUUCUCAGUCCGAAGAAGAAGCAGUAGAAGGAGAGAAGGAGUUGGAAGUUUUGAAGAAAAGUGCAGACUGGGUGUCAGACUGGUCAAGUAGGCCUGAAAACAUUCCUCCCAAGGAAUUCCAUUUCAGACAUCCUAAACGUUCAGUGUCUCUAAGUAUGAGAAAAAGUGGAGCAAUGAAAAAAGGUGGCAUUUUCUCUGCAGAAUUUCUUAAGGUUUUCAUUCCAUCUCUGUUCAUAUCUCAUGUUUUGGCUCUGGGACUAGGCAUCUACAUUGGGAAACGCCUGACCACACCUUCAGCCAGCACCUACUGAGCCAUGGAGUGCAAACCUGGAGCCCACAUGACCUGUGAAGGUGUUCCUGUCUCAUUUAGUACAUUUGACUUGAGACCAUUCUAAGCAUGACCCUGACUUCACCCUUUCCUUCCAUAUCCAGGUUUUUGCUAACUCUGGAAUUCAGUAUUGUGUUGGAACUCUGUUGAGGUGUUUGGCUAUCCACAUUUUUUCCCCUCUCUCCCAUUCCCCUGCCUCUUGGCCUGCAAGACACAGCAGAGUUGCUGGAUGGAGUUUACAACUGUCUCUAUGUUGCAAGGGCUUCUCUCAAUGCAAAAUGCCACCAGCAAGUUUAAUUUUAUCAGUGAUGCUGUUGCCUCCUUAGUGCAACCUGACUUCAGUUGCAGUUGUGCAUGGUCUCAUGUUGGCUGCAUGGUGGUGGUAAAAGAGUCUCUGGAAGAAAAUUACUGAUUGGAGUGGAAAAAGAGUUUUUUCUUUUGUAAAAAAGAAGCUGGGUAUGGAAUAAACUAAGAAAUCACUGGCAAUAAAGAUCCAGUUUAAAUCAGCUCUUGGGGGGGAUUUACUGAGCCCCUUGGAUUGGCUAACAAACACCAUUUGAAUUGCAGGAGGCAAAGACUGCAGAAAUUUUCAAGUAGGAUAACUAAAUCCAUCAGCAUAUUUUAAUACUAGGUAAUUGUUGUAAUCUUGUCUUUUCUAUGAAGUCAGCUCCUUAUUCCUUGUAGGAAAACCUGUCUGAUACCUAGGAAAUAUUAGAGAAAUUGCAUUGUUUGCAUGUGAAGAAGCUUUUUUUUUUUUUUCUUUACCUGUUUUUUCUUAAGGGAAAAUUUUCAAUGUGGAAUUUUCCUUUUCAAAGUAGUUCUAAAUUAAGGAAAAACCCAACAGCUGUAGUGUAGGUAGGCUCUGUGUAAAAGGAAAUUCUCCUGUUUGUUGUGGAACCACUUCCAGCUCCGAGGAUCCGGCAGUUCCAGCAGGAAAAGCUUUUCACUCAUCCUUAGUGGGGACAAUCUUGCAGGUGCAUAAAUGUUCAGAAGUUGGAAAAGCUCUGAAAUGUCUUCUGCAAAUGAAUUUUCAAUAUUCCUCUCUCUCAUUGUUUACUGUACAAUCUCCUUUUUGGGGAUACUUGGAACCUGAAAGUCACUUGUGGUGUCUCAUGUUAGGGUAGAUUUCUCACUGAUGUUGUUGAACUUUUAUCUUAGGGAACAUUUAAGCCUUGUCCUCCUUCAGUGACACUUCUUUGCAAAAAUGUGAAGCUUUAGUACCAAAUUGUUACAAAGCAUCAGGACAGUCCUGUCCUUAAAGAGAUUUUAUUGGAUUUCAGAACAUGUAGCAUGAACUCUGAAGGAUAGAAUACUGUUUUUAUAUAUAUAUAUAUAUAUAUAUGAAUAUAUAUAUAAAAAUAUGAUAUAGACUUUAAUACUAAGUAUUUAGGGAACCAAUGCUAAUUUUAAGACUAGCAAAAAUCUCAUUUAAAUAAAAACUUUAGUAGGCUGACUUGUAGAAAAUAAGAAAAUCUAGUCAGCCAUUUGGAGAAAACAGCUACCUAGAAUUGCUUGCUUGCAUCAGACUUUCUAAAGUUGAUUAUUUGAUAGAGCAGUGAUUGCUUGAACCAGUUGAUGCAUAGAAGCUAAACCCCAGCUGAGAUUUGGGUUCAAAAACUUUUAGUUAGCUCCCAGGAAGUGAAAAAGUUAUGAAUCCACUGCUAAACUGUAUUUAUUUUCAUUCUCUACUUCUGAAUGCUGUCAGAGAAUGCUUUCAGGGUGAGCAACAAAUCCUCUUGAGUAAUCUGGUUUUUUUUAUUUUCUUUGUGAGUAUUUGGGAGCACUUGAGGUGCCCACAAGCAGGGUUUGUUUUGGGUGUGGAUGUUGGGUUCACCCAGAAGUGGGGCUGGGCAGGGAGGGUGGAGGGAGGCUCAGAGAGCAUCAAAUAUUUCAUUUUACAGCCUGGGGGCACAGUGAAAGGCUGAACACUUCCAGUUCUAACACAGCACCUUGCUUUGGAUGGAGUUGGACUAGUGGAAAAAAAGAGAUUUUUACUAAGUAGGGAGUAUUUUUUAAAGAGAAAAACCCAGUCAAUGAGCCCUUUCUAAAUGAAUUUCAGAAUAUCUGCUAAAGAACAGUGCAAGCUUGUGGCUGGUAAUGAUAUUUGGAGUAAAAGCUAUGAAACCCAGAGCUGAGGAAUGUCUGUGCUCACAGUGCAGUAUUUAUUGAGACCCUGUUCUAAACUUUGGAGGAAAAUCUGCAACUUCCAGUUUUACAAUGAACAGCAACAGAGGGUUGGAUCAUUCCAAAAGGGGUUUCAAUAUUGAGAGUUGGAAGUUUUGUUAAGAUAAAUGUCGUUUAAAAAAAGCUUUAUACCUGUUUACAGUUUUGGAAAAAAGGCAAAAAAAAAAAAAAAAAAAAAAAAAAGAAGUAGGCUUCAUUUUUCUUACAUUCAGUGAAAACUGGCCUAGACUCUUUGUAAAUAGGAUCAAGAAAAUAAAAUGCAUAAACUCGCACAUCCAAGACCUAACUGCAGCAAAUGCAUCUUUACUUACUGUUUUCAAAAGUGAAAGCUGAAGAUUGUUUAGAAAUUCCAAUUUUUUUUAAUUGACAUCUGUUGAAAUCUUGGAGUUAACUGAGCCAAAGUGAUUAUGCAUUCUUCAUCAAUUAGUUAGCACUUUGUAACAUUCUCUACAGUUUACAUGUAUGAGUUGUAGCUUCUCAACGUUUUGUGCCAUUAAAGCUCUCACAAAACUGCUUGUCUGAAAUCAUUUCUCUUCUCUUCCCCUUUUUUACAGCUCUGUUUUUAAGGUAUUUUAUGGAACUCUUUUGUUCUGGGUGACACAAACAUUGAAGCUGCUGUUUAUAAACUGGAAUUUUUUUUUUUUUUUGAAAGAUUGCUUGGGUUUGUUUUUGUUUUGUUUUUUUUUUUUUUUAGUGACCUGGGAUCAUCUGCUUCAUUUCCUGAAGCACUUAAUAAAAAUAUUCCCCCUACUUGGCCUUGUGUGACUUCUCCAAGUCCUCCAGCACCUUGUCCUGGAAAACUCUGAAAGGAAAAUCAUGUGGUGGCAUAUGAAAUGUAAAGCAGAAUUGCUGAGAUUUUGUAUGAUUGCUCCACUCUAUUGUACUCCUUGUAUUUCUCUUCUUAAUUGUGUUUAAUUUGCAGAUUAAAGAGUAAGGGACAUAAACCCUCAUUGUUAA